CGAACUUUCGUGCGUACUACAUUUACCGCUUGCCGUAAACGGAAGUAAACAAUAAUGGCAAGUUCAUCUGUCAAAUACUAGUAAACUCAACAACAAAACCCCGGCAAUCCUGAUAAAAGUGGCAAUUAUGGACAAAGGCGAACAUUCUACAGAAUCAUUUCGACCUCAACCCAACGAUACUUCUGGCAGACGAUACCGGAACUUGAGGGAAUACACAGACCAACUUCACUUAUGGCUGUACCAGUAUCGAAUGUGGAACUCGAUGCAAUCCUUUCCAUUAAUGCUUAAUAGCUGUUCACUUACUGGGCUUUCGUUACCUAAUAGCAGCAACACCACAUUCACACAGUUUACGCCCACAACAGCAGCACCAGAAGCGACACAGGCAGCACCCGAUAACAGGAGACCGGUGCCCAACCCGGGUAUCCAAGGCCAAAGAGUUGGGACUGUACAUUUCCUACCACCAUUAUGGAAGAGAGUAGCAGCAGAAAUAAUAGAUUUCAUCGUCUUAUUCUAUUUAAAGAUUAUGAUGACUGUUUUGGUAUUAAGACAAAUGGGUUAUAUAAGAGAAGACAAUAUGAUUGAUGCUCCUAUGGAUAUAAUGCCAAAGUUCGACUUUACAGAUAUUACAGAAAUCGAUGUUGAAAAGGCCUUUAGUGUUACAUCCGAACUAAUAGCACUGGAGAUAGUCAACAGGAUGAUGAUAACUGUGUUUGAGACACUGUGUUUGAGUAAAGGUAUAGGUGGAGUGGUGGGUGGAGCUACACCAGGCAAGAGGAUGCUGGGAUUAAAAGUUGUUUCUUGCAUACAUGUCAUUCCACAGACCCAUGGAAGAGUGAUAGUAUGUCCAGCAAGGGAUAUUGGAUUCUUUAGUGCAUUAGUGAGAUCUGUUAUCAAGAACUUCACCAUGGCGUUCUUCUUUCCUGCAUGCCUGACCGUCUUCAUUUUCCAACACAACAGGGCUGCCUAUGACAUUUUAGCCAAGACAAUAGUUAUCGAUGCUCGCCCACAACGACAAUAGUGUAAACGGGUCUCUGGUGGUAAAUGGACAUCUUCAUUUCAAAAGUAUUGUAUUAAUGAGUGACAAUGAACUUUGACACCAGUUACUUGGAUAUAUGGCAAAAUGGUUUAUGAACAACUCCGAGCUCUAGACGACCCAGAGCAUUCUUGCUGUUUGUCAAUGAACUUGUUUAUAUGUCUACUGUAUUGUAAUAAAUUCCAGUCUUCAAAAACCAA